AUGGUUAAGUUACUCAGGUCAUUAGAUGCCCAUACGGACAAAGUCUGGAGUGUUUCCGCCCACCCUACCUUACCCCUUUUUGCCACAGCUUCUACUGACAAAACAUCAUGUGUCUAUGGUUUGAAUGAAAAAUUCCCACUCUUGAGUAGAUUGGAAGAUGCCCACAAAAGAUCAGUUCGAUCAGUUGCAUUCAAACCGGCGUUGUCUGGAUCAGACGACUUUUUGGAUCUUCCAGCACUUGCUGCUGGGUCUUUUGACUCUACUAUUUCUGUGUGGGGGAUUGAUGAACCAGAAAUCGACUUUGAUCAGGAUCAAGGCGAAGAAGAUGAAGAAACAAAGGCAAAGAAACAACAAGAAAUCUUAUGUUCUCCAGCAAAUCAAUGGAAUUUGAUGGCCAUCAUUGAAGGUCAUGAAAAUGAAGUCAAAUCAGUGGCAUGGAAUGCUGGUGGUAAUCUUCUUGCCACUUGUUCGAGAGAUAAGACUGUAUGGAUUUGGGAAACUGACCCGGAAACUUUAGAAGAAUUCGAAUGUAUUUCGGUCUUGAAUGAUCAUGAACAUGAUGUUAAGCACAUCGUUUGGCACCCCACCAAGAACAUGCUUGCAAGUUCAUCAUAUGAUGAUUCCAUCCGUAUAUACAAGGAAGAUGACGAUGAAUGGGCUUGCGUGGGCGCUUUGAACGGGCAUACUGGUACUGUGUGGUGUUCGGCAUUUGAGCAAAAAUCCACUUCCUCGAAAAUAAGGCUUGUGUCUGUCUCGGAUGAUUUAUCGGUUAGAAUUUGGAGCUCCAAUGAUACAGAAGACCAAACUUCAACAUCCAAUGAACUUCCAAGUUCAAUCAAACAUGACUCAGAAAUGGUAUGGGAAUUGGACACAACUCUCCCAGCUGUACACACCCAUUCAAUUUAUUCCGUUUCAUGGUCUAAAUCUGGAAGAAUUGUUACAGUUGGUUCCGAUGGAAAAUUGGUAAUAUAUUCCGAAUCUGAUGAUGGGAAAUGGACAAUUGAUGCUCAAUUAGAAACUAUCCAUGGUGUAUAUGAAGUGAACUGUGUUACCUGGGCAACUUUAAACGACGGCAAGGAAGUUAUUCUCACCGCAGGGGAUGAUGGUAAAGUCAAUAUCUGGGAAGUUUAA